UCAUGCCACGGCGCUGUGGAGACGCAAGUCUUCAAGCCGCCACAUGAUAGGAGAGCAUCCCUCUGCUUCUUUGAUUUCUUUUGUCGAGGCUUGAGACGUAUUGAGAGCAUGAGAACCCGGCGCUCAUUGGUCAAAGAAGAUCACGUAUCACAGGGGGCUUAG